GCGGAGCCGCCGGAGCUCCGUGGCCCUUCCCGGCCCCUGCCCGGCCCCGGCCCGGCCGGGCCAGGCUCCCCAAGAGCGCUGCCGGUACCGGGGGCGGCGCGGGGCCGAGAGGGGCGGCGAUCACCCGGCCCCGAACCCCCCCGGACCCCCGGGACCCCCGGCGGGCCCUGCCCCGGAGCGCGGCCGCCGCCACGGGACGGGAGCAUGCGGAUCCUCCUCCUGUGCCUGCUGACUCUCGCCGGGACCCGCGGGCAAGCGGUGCAGACGCGCUUCGUGGAGGAGCCCGAGGACCAGACGGUGGUGGCCGGGCAGAGAAUCGUCCUGUCCUGCGUGGUGCUCAACUACUCCGGCAUCGUGCAAUGGACCAAGGACGGGCUGGCCCUGGGCAUGGGCCAGGGCCUCAAAGCGUGGCCGCGGUACCGCAUCGUGGGCACGGCCGACUCGGGCCAGUACAACCUGGAGAUCCGCGACGCCGAGCUCUCCGAUGACGCCGUCUACGAGUGCCAGGCCACCGAGGCCGCGCUGCGCUCGCGCCGCGCCAAGCUCACCGUGCUCAUCCCCCCGGAGGACCCCACGAUCGACGGCGCCCCCGAGAUCCUGCUGAGGGCGGGGACCCCCUACAACCUGACGUGCCGCGCCCGCAGCGCCAAGCCCGCGGCCACCAUCGCCUGGUUCCGCGACGGGCUGCAGCAGGACGGCGCCGUCACCAGCACGGAGCUGCUGGCCGAUGGCAAGCGCGAGAGCACCACGAGCCUGCUGGCCAUCAACCCCACGGACCUGGACAUCGGCCGCGUCUUCUCCUGCCGCAGCUCCAACGAGGCCGUGCCGGCCGGCAAGGAGACCUUCGUCAGGCUCAACGUGCACCAUCCCCCGACGGUCACCUUGUCCAUCCAGCCGCAGACGGUGCAGGAGGGCGAGAGGGUCGUGUUCACCUGCAUGGCCACGGCCAACCCCGAGAUCAAGGGCUACAGGUGGGCCAAAGGGGGGGUGAUCAUCGAAGAGGCCAAGGAGAACAGGUACGACACGCAGGUGGACUACACCUUCUUCACCGAGCCCGUGUCCUGCGAGGUGCACAACGACAUCGGCAGCACCAACGUCAGCACCCUGGUGGACGUCCACUUCGCCCCCCGGAUCGUGGUGGACCCCAAACCCACGGUGACCGACAUCGGCUCCGACGUCACCCUGACCUGCGUGUGGUCCGGGAAUCCCCCGCUGACCCUCACCUGGACCAAGAAGGAAUCCAACAUGGUCCUGAGCAACAGCAACCAGCUGUACCUGAAGGCGGUGACGCAGGCGGACGCCGGCCAGUACGUCUGCAAGGCCAUCGUCCCCCGGAUCGGCGUGGGCGAGAGGGAGGUCACCCUCUUCGUCAACGGGCCCCCCAUCAUCUCCAGCGAGCCGGUGCAGUUCGCCGUGCGCGGCGACCGCGGCAAGGUCGAGUGCUUCAUCGGCAGCACGCCGCCGCCCGACCGCAUCGCCUGGGCGUGGAAGGAGAACGUUCUGGAAGCCGGCACGCUGGAGCGCUACACGGUGGAGAGGAGCAACACGGGCAGCGGCGUCCUGUCCACGCUGACCAUCAACAACGUCGUGGACGCCGACUUCCAGACGCGCUACAACUGCACGGCCUGGAACAGCUUCGGGCCCGGCACGGCCAUCAUCCAGCUCGAGGAGAAAGAGGUCCUGCCCGUGGGCAUCAUCGCCGGGGCCACCAUCGGGGCCAGCAUCCUCCUCAUCGGCUGCCUGGCGGCCCUCGCCUGCUUCCUCUACCGGCGCCGCAAAGGAAGCCGCAAGGACGUCACGCUGCGCAAGCUGGACAUCAAGGUGGAGACGGUCAACCGGGAGCCGCUGACGCUGCACGCGGACAGGGAGGAGGACACGGCCAGCGUGUCCACGGCCACCCGCGUCAUGAAGGCCAUCUACUCGUCGUUCAAGGACGACGUGGACCUGAAGCAGGACCUGCGCUGCGACACCAUCGACACCCGCGAGGAGUACGAGCUCAAGGACCCCACCAACGGCUACUACAACGUCCGCGCCCACGAGGACCGGCCGGCCUCGCGCUCCGUCCUCUACGGCGACUACCGCGCGCCGGGCCCCGGCCGCUUCGAGGCGCGGCCGCCGUCGCGGCUCUCGCACUCCAGCGGCUACGCCCAGCUCAGCUCCUACCCCCGCGGCGGCCCCGAGUUCCCGCCGGAGGCGGCGGCGGCCCCGGCGACGGCGACGGCAGGGGACACGGCCAGCCAGCUGUCCUACGAGAACUACGCGGGCGGCGGCGGCGCCUUCCCGGGCGGCGCGGCGUACCCGCCGUACCGGCUGGGCUUCGGCGCCGCCGCGGGGCUGGAGCGCGGCGCCUACGAGGCCUACGAGGCCGUGGGGAAGUUCGGCGGCGCGGCGCGGUUCUCGUACACCUCGCAGCACUCGGACUACGGGCAGCGCUUCCAGCAGCGCAUGCAGACGCACGUUUAGGGCGGGGAGGGCUCCGCGGGUACCUCACGAGCGUCCCCUGAUAUUCAGGGGUUCGCCCCGACCCCCCCCCGAUGCCCCCCGACCUCUCCUCGGAGCUUCCGUUCGUCCCGUUGGUUGUUCCGCCGGUACUUCCGCGCCCCCGCGGGCGCACGGGAGGAGCUGGCGCCGCGGUCGUUGUUCCCUCCGUGUCGCCCGCCGGGGUUCGCGCCCCCGUCGUCGUUCCCGGAGCUUUCCCAGGGGGCAGCUCUGUGCGUCCCCAAAUCCAGAGGGAUGCGCAAAUCCCAAAAACAGCCCCAUCCCGAACCAUUCCCAUUGGGAUCCGCGUGUUCCCAAUUCCAGAGGGACACGCAAAUCCCAAACCCAGCCCCAUCCCGAACCAUUUCAUUCCCAUUGGGAUCCGCGUGUUCCCAAAUCCAGAGGGACACACAAAUCCCAAAAACAGCCCCAUCCCAAACCAUUCCCAUUGGGAUCCACGUGCUCCCAAAUCCAGAGGGACACGCAAAUCCCAAAACCAGCCCCAUCCCAAACCAUUCCCACUGGGAUCCACGUGCUCCCAAAUCCAGAGGGACACGCAAAUCCCAAAAACAGCCCCAUCCUGAACCAUUUCAUUCCCAUUGGGAUCCGCGUGUUCCCAAAUCCAGAGGGAAUGCCCAAAUCCCAAAAACAGCCCCAUCCUGAACCAUUCCCAUUGGGAUCCGCAUGUUCCCAAUUCCAGAGGGACACGCAAAUCCCAAAACCACCCCCAUCCUGAACCAUUCCCACUGGGAUCCAUGAGUUCCCAAAUCCAGAGGGAUGUGCAUAUCCUAAAAAACCCCCAUCCAGACCAUUCCAUUCCCAUCAGGAUCAGCAGGAGGGUUCUGCGUGUCCCCAAAUCCAGAGGGGACGCACAAAUCCCAAACCCAGCCCCAUCCCGAACCAUUUCAUUCCCAUUGGGAUCCGCGUGUUCCCAAUUCCAGAGGGAUGCACAAAUCCCAAAACCAGCCCCAUCCCGAAUCAUUUCAUUCCCAUUGGGAUCCGCGUGUUCCCAAAUCCAGAGGGACGUGCAGAUCCCAAACCCAGCCCCAUCCCGAACCAUUCCCAUUGGGAUCCGCGUGUUCCCAAUUCCAGAGGGGAUGCACAAAUCCCAAACCCAGCCCCAUCCCAAACCAUUUCAUUCCCAUUGGGAUCCGCGUGUUCCCAAAUCCAGAGGGACGUGCAGAUCCCAAAACCAGCCCCAUCCCGAACCAUUCCCAUUGGGAUCCGCGUGUUCCCAAUUCCAGAGGGGAUGCACAAAUCCCAAACCCAGCCCCAUCCCGAACCAUUCCCAUUGGGAUCCGCGUGUUCCCAAUUCCAGAGGGGAUGCACAAAUCCCAAACCCAGCCCCAUCCUGAACCAUUCCAUUCCCACUGGGAUCCGCGUGUUCCCAAAUCCAGAGGGGAUGCACAAAUCCCAAAACCAGCCCCAUCCCGAACCAUUCCCAUUCCCUGUGCCUUGAUUUUGGGGCCACCCCUCCCUCAGGGCCGGCUCCCCCCGUUUUCCCGAAUGCCCCCGGAGCCGGCGGCGGGGAUUUGGGGUUUUUGGGAGCAGCCCCACACGCACACCGUUCCCACGGGAAAGGCAGCACCGGGAUCGCCCGCUCGGGGCUGUCCCCAGAACCGGGAUCGGGGGGUCCCUGCUGAGAAUGUAAAUCCGGCCGGGAAUCGCGUUCCCGGGAAUUCCGGGCGCCGGGAUCGACCAAAACAUCGGGAUCAGGAGCUCGGCCAGGCCCUGAGUCCCAGUUCCGGGCACUGGGGGGUACUGGGGACCCCAGUUUGGGGUGGGGAAUUUGGGGGAUGAGUUUUGGAGGGAAUUCCCAGCCCCAAUUCCCAAAUUCCCAGAGGGGCCCCAGUAUGGGGUGGGAGAUUUUGGGAUGGGGGAAUUUUGGGGGAUGAAUUUUGGGGGGAAUUCCCAGCCCAAAUCCCCAAAGGGGUCCCAGUUUGGGAUGGGGGAAUUUGGGGGAUGAAUUUUGGGGCAUGAAUUUUGGAGGCAAUUCCCAGCCCCAAUUCCCAAAUUCCCAAAGCGGGUCCCAAUUUGGGAUGGGGGAAUUUUGGGGGGAAUUCCCAGAGGAUUCCCAGCCCCAGUUUGGGAUGGAUGGGAUUUGGGGGGAAUGAAUUUUGGGGGGGAUGAAUUUUGGAGGCAAUUCCCAGCCCAAAUUCCCAAAGGGGGUCCCAAUUUGGGAUGGGGGAAUUUUGGGGGGAAUUCCCAGAGGAUUCCCAGCCCCAGUUUGGGAUGGGAGAAUUUGGGGGAUGAAUUUUAGGGGGAUGAAUUUUGGAGGUAAUUCCCAGCCCCAAUUCCCAAAGGGGGUCCCAAUUUGGGAUGGGGGAAUUUUGGGGGGAAUUCCCAGAGGAUUCCCAGCCCCAAUUUGGGAUGGGGGAAUUUUGGGGGGAAUUCCCAGAGGAUUCCCAGCCCCAAUUUGGGAUGAUGAAUUUUGGGGGGACGAAUUUUGAGGUGUUGAAUUUUGCGGGAUGAAUUUUGAGGUGAUGAAUUUUGGGGAGAAUUCCCGGUCGAUUCCCAAAAAGAAGGAUGAGGUACGAGACCCCUCCCCACCCCUCCGGGGGCUGCCCCGGGGUCGGGAGCUUCCCCAAAACCCCCGAAUUCCCAAAUCCCCCACGGCCAAUCCCGGUACGAGCCGCGGGACCUCGUUCCCCUCUCCCGAAAUUCCCCGAAAACAACAAAAGGAGGUCCCGAAAGCCCCAAAGGUGCCUGAACUGACCCCAAACACCCCGAGGGGGGAGGGAAUUCCCGCUCCAGGUGCUGCACCCCAAAUUCCAGAGCAAUAUCCCACGGGAAAAGGGGGAGCCCCGCCCCGGCCGCCGGGAAGCUUUAACAUUCCAACCCCACUUUGGGGCUGGAAAAUGGAAUUUCCCCCUUUUUUUUGCAUUUUUUUUUUAGUGCAGGUUGGUUUAGAGAGACCCCCCCCCCUCCAUUCUUUCCCCCCCAAAAUUCCGCGAUUUCUCCCCCUUUUUUUUUUUUAAUUUUAUGUUGCAUUUUCCUUUUUUUUUUUUUUUAAAUAUUCUGUACUAUAUUUUUAGUCUUAAACACGAUAUAUUAUAUAUAUUUAAUUUUUUUAUAUAUAUAUAUAUAAAUAUAAAUGGUUAAAAAAAUAAUUGAAGCGGCUCCGAGUUUUCCUUUUAACUUUUUGGGGGGUUUUACUUUAAAAAAAGGGGGAUUUUUGUCAUUGCUCAAUAGUUUUUCUGGGAGAAUUGAGGAAUGGAUGGAGGGAGGAAUAUUUGCCUUUUCCAUCCGGAAUUCCCACAAUUCCAGCGUUCCCAAAUCCCUGGAGGGGUUUUGGUGCAAAAACCCAGAUUUCCGGAAGAAUUUAUUCCAGGGAUUUAUCUGAUUUAUUCCUGCCUUUAUCCCCAUUUAUUCCCCGAGAAUUUUCACCACAAAUCCCUCGCCUCAUCCUUCCUCGCGCUUCCCUUUAUGUGAAAAACGCUUUUAAUCCAAAAAUUAAAUCAGGAUUCCCUCACGGAAUGCGGAAUUUGGCUUUUGGAA